AUGCAGAAUAGCUCGUGCUGUUGUGUACACCAGGCUGGUUCAUAUAGACCACGUCGGCCGUCACACUUGGCGACGCGUGGACAAUGGGCGAGCAAGUGGCGCACGCGCACGGCGCAUUUGUCAGUACUACAAUUUAUGGGAUCUACUACUACUAAAGUUUUUAGAAACACAACAAUGGCUAAUUCAGCAGAAAUUAAACAGUUUAUCAAAGAUGCUAUUGCUCAGGACAAAGUUGUUGUUUUUUCUAAGUCAUAUUGUCCAUACUGUACUUUGGCUAAAAACGUAUUUGAAAAAGUCAAACAGCCAUUCAAAGUUUAUGAAUUGAACGAACGCGAUGAUGGUGAUGCUAUUCAAGCAAAUUUAGCGGAAUUAACUGGGUUUCGGACCGUUCCACAAGUCUUUAUUAAUGGAAACUGUGUGGGGGGCGGCUCUGAUGUGAAAGCUCUAUAUGAUUCAGGCAAAUUAGAACCAAUGUUGAUUGGG